AUGGUGCAGAACAAAGCCUUCAUCUACAAGUCCGUCCCCAACGGCUGGCCCGUCCCAGGCAAAGACCUGACUGUGGAAGACAUUGGGUUUGACGAAAAUGCACCCCCACCGAAGGGCGGCUUCACCACCAAAAACUUAUACGUGGCAUACGAUCCCAGCCAACGCGGCCGAAUGCGAGACCCCAGUAUCCCAUCGUACUCGCCGGCCAUGACGACGGGCAAGCCCGUGAUCAGCGUCAGCGUAAUCGGCCAGGUGCUGAAGAGCGACAACCCCAAGAUCAAGCCGGGCGCCAUUGUCAUGUUGCAGAGCUCUGGCAGCGAGUCGUAUUCGACAAAGGAGGAGUCGGCCGUCGCCACCACGCAGAUCAUCGAGCCAAAGGACGGCGUACCCCUGACCGCAUAUCUGGGGCUGUUGGGCAUGACGGGCAUGACGGCCUACGGCUCGCUGCACGAGAUUGGCCAACCCAAGAAGGGGGACGUGAUUCUGGUUUCUGCCGCCGCCGGGGCCGUGGGCCAGAUGGUUGGACAGAUCGCAGUACGAGAAGGUCUACACGUGAUCGGCUCAGUCGGCGACGACCGUAAACUCGACUUCAUCCUGAACGACCUCAAAUUCACGUCUGGGUUCAACUACAAGAAGGAGUCGAUGGCCGAGGCGGUCAAGCGGCUGGCGCCCAACGGGCUGGACAUCUUCUACGACAACGUGGGCGGCGAGCUGCUGGACGUGGCGCUGACCAACAUGAAAGACUUUGGGCGGAUCGUGGCCUGCGGCUCCAUCUCGACGUACAACAACGGCAAGGACACCACGCCCUACGGCGUCAAGAACUACAGCCAGGUCGUCCGCAAGCGCCUGCGCUGGCAGGGCUUCUUGGUCUUCGACCCCAACAUCGCCCGGUGGCGCCAGGAGCGCGACGACAAUAUCACCCGCUGGAUCCAGGACGGCAGCUUCAAGUCCGUCGACUUUGUCACCGAGGGCAUCGACAACGCCGUCGAGGGCUUCCUGGGCAUGCUCCGCGGCGAGAACCUGGGCAAGAGUAUUCUGAAGAUUGCGGAUCCGGAGUGA